AUGAAGUACGUUCUGGUUUCUGGAGGUGUGAUCUCCGGCGUGGGCAAAGGCAUCAUUGCCUCCAGCACUGGCCUGCUUCUCAAGACCACGGGUCUUACGGUUACCAGCAUCAAGAUCGACCCAUACAUCAACAUCGAUGCGGGAACUAUGGCGCCUACCGAACACGGCGAGGUCUAUGUGACAGACGACGGUGGCGAAAUGGACCUUGAUCUUGGCAACUACGAGCGCUAUCUUCUGACUACGCUUACUCGGGAUCACAACAUCACCACUGGCAAAAUUUAUGACCAGGUGAUUCGGAAUGAAAGAAUUGGCCAUUAUCUAGGCAAGACCGUCCAGGUGGUGCCCCAUGUCACCAAUGCCAUCCAGGAUUGGAUCGAGCGGGUGGCCAAGAUCCCGGUCGAUGAUUCUCGGGCUGAACCCGAUGUGUGCAUCAUUGAACUCGGUGGAACCGUGGGAGACAUCGAGAGUGCUCCGUUCAUUCAUGCCAUCAGCCAACUUCAGAGACGGGCCGGCAAGGGCAAUUUCGUCCAGAUCCACGUCUCCUACGUGCCCAUGAUCCCGCCAGGACCUGGUGGUGAGCAAAAGACCAAGCCGACCCAGAGGGCCAUUAGCGAUGUUCGAAGCGCUGGCCUGAAUCCUGACUUGAUCGCCUGUCGUUGCGACCAACCUUUGGAAGAGGGUACCAUCCAGAAGAUCGCCAAUAUGUGUUCCAUGGAUCAGAAGCAAGUUAUCGCUGUACACAAUGUGACUACGACUUACCACGUCCCGAUGCUUCUCGAGAAGCAGAAUCUGAUCGGCAACCUCAGCGAGCUUCUCAAUCUUCAAUCCAUUCCCCGACCAGCGGAACGCAUGGAACAAGGCAUCCGUAUGUGGAAGGAUUGGGUAGACCUUGCUCGCGGCCAGGACCAUGUAUUCGACACGGUGUCAAUCGCUCUGGUCGGCAAGUAUACUUCGCUGAAGGACGCUUAUAUUAGCGUUUCCAAGGCACUCGAGCAUGCAUCCAUGUACUGCCACAAGAAGGUCGAGAUUAUUUGGGUGGACUCUGGCCAUCUCGAGGACGAGGCCUUUGAGAAUUCGCCAGCCGAGUUCCACAAGGCAUGGCAUGCUGUCUGUACGGCCGAUGGAGUAUUGGUUUGCGGUGGCUUUGGCACUAGAGGUAGUGCCGGAAAGAUGAAGGCGAUUACCUGGGCGCGCACAAAGAAGAUACCCUUUCUCGGCGUUUGCCUCGGCAUGCAGCUCGCUGUUAUCGAAUACGCGAUGAAUGUUGCGGGUAUCGAAGAUCCUGGCAGCGAGGAAUUACACCCGGGAGCGAAAAACCAUGCUAUCGUCUUCAUGCCGGAGGUCGACAAGGAGAAGCUCGGUGGCACUAUGCGCCUGGGCAAGCACCCGUGUAUCUUCCAGGAAGGCACUGAAUGGUCCAAGUUGCGCGCGCUCUAUGGACCGUCAGUGUCGCAGAUCGGGGAGCGCCACCGCCACCGUUAUGAGGUCAACCCGGCCAUGAUCGAGGAACUUGAGAAGGCCGGACUGACAUUCGUUGGCAAGGACUCCAAGGGCGAGCGGAUGGAGAUCAUUGAGAUCCGCGAUCAUCCCUGGUUCGUGGGCGUGCAGUUCCACCCCGAAUACCUCAGCCGCGUUCUGGACCCGAGCAGAUCCUUCCUCGGCUUCUUCGCUGCUGCCGCGGGAUGUUUGGAUGAGGUCACCAAGGCUAUCAACAAUGGCCAACGUAGUAUCGAAAGACCAAACUAA